AAUGAAAAAAACAAAAAAGAACUCUGUUUAAUGGACAGAAGAUACUGUUGAUAAUGAAGAUCUUGGAAAACUUAAAUCUAAAAGUAAGUUUAUAAUAUAAUUAUAGUUUGUUGUAUCUAUCAUAAACCACAUGCUGAUGAAUCUGAGAGUUCAGAUACUUGUACAAGUGAUGAUGAGAUAAAUGCCAUAGAAAGAGAUAAAUAAUCAAAAUUAAGACAUAAAAUGAAAUGUUCCAAACGAAACAAGAAGUGUUGCUGA